CAGGGGCGGACUGACAACUCAUGGGGCCCCCGGGCAAUAGGGGAUCAUGGGGCCCCUGUGUCCUUGCCCAAACUCAAAAAAGCCUAUGGAAAAGGUACCAGGGGCAUCUUAUGGGGCCCCCUACUGACCCCGGGCCCUCGGGCAGUGCCCGAGUUUCCAAAUGGUCAGUCCGCCCCUGCAUGUGUCUAUUGGUACGGAACAUGUGAUAUGGAUUCUGUGUAUUGAAGGACAUGGAGAAGACUUCACAAGCCAUGCUCUGGUUCUCAGUGCAGAUGAGUUAUCAUAUGU